CAAGAUUUAAGACAGAUUUGACUGCGCACUCUCUGAAUCAUUUGAUUAUUACAAUCAUUGAAAGAAAAAUGUUUUUUAUCACUUUGUUAAUUAUCUCAUCAGUGAAAGCCCAUUCCAUAGUGACAGAUAAUGUUAUGGACAAGACAAUUUUAAAAUUUUUGUUAAACCAGGAUAUUUUAAUGAAAUUAAUUCUGACCGGGAAUAACGCUGACUCCCAGCAAUCUCUCGCAUUACACGAAGGUCUAGGAGGAAAAGAAAACGCAAAUGAAACAAAAACGCUGUUGAAAGAAAUACUAAAUCUGGUAAUAAGUCUUAGAAAUAAACAGGCAGAAAUCAGAGGGACUCUUCAAGAUGGCCUGGCGAAUCUUAAAGAAACAGUCUCAAUCCAGUCAGAAGAAAUGAAAAAGUUACGAGAUAAACUUGAGUUCACAAGUAUCACGACUUCUUCGCCCGAGCCCGAGAAUUCGAGUCAAGAUUCAAGAUCAGGUGGAGUAGUUCCACUGACGCCUAUAGCUUUUACGGCUCUCUUGAGUGGUGACGGCCUUCAAUACGACGCUGGUGACACGGUCAUCUACAGUUAUAUAAGAGUCAACGUAGGAAAUCAUUAUAACAGCAGCACUGGGAUUUUCACUGCCCCGACUGCUGGUGUAUAUUUCUUUACCUGGAGCACCUUAACCUCGCCAGGUGUAGGACUGAAUACAGCAAUCGUGAAAAACAGUUCAUCGGGUUACAUUGCGUUCUGCCACUGUGCUGCAUUUCAAAACACAUACACUACGUGUUCUCAAUCUACAACCGUGGAAUUGGUGCCUGGAGACAGGAUAUGGAUUAUUGCAUACAAAAUGUCGGCGCAGAAACUUCAUGGAGGAACUUGGCCCGCGUUUUCGGGAUUUAAAUUAUAGACUACUAGUAUUUUUCAUUAUUUGUUUCAUUAUUUGAACAAAAAUUCAAAUAAAUUGACAAUUAACAACUUCAAAA